GAUGAUGGUGGUGGUGGUGCCUGUGUGCAAGGCACAAUCGAGAGGAAAUCCCGCAGCAGCUGAUCGUAUGAUCACGUAACCUCCACCACCGUCAUCAUCAUCAUCUUCAUCAUCGGAGCAACGAUCAUCAUCAUCAGUCGUUUCAAAGAAAAUACACGCUGGAUUAUUUCGGCCUAUUGCAUUAGCAAUUAAUGUGAAGGAUUAUGGAAAUCACAUCGUUUAUUUAUUAUUAAUUAAAUACACAGAUAUAAUCACAUCGAUGCAAUCGGAGACGCUUGAUUUCGAUAAACAAAGUGGAGCCAUGAAUUUGACGGGGGUGCCGCUGCUGCUGUGCGUGGCUGCUUGCGGGAUGGUGGCGGCUCUGCUCCUCUACGGCUCCCUGCUCCUCCAGGAGGACUUGAUGGCCGUGGGGGGCCACCCCGGGGGUCCCCUCUCCCGCCCGGCGUCCCCCCACGGGGAGAGGGGCAUGGACCCCCGCGGAGUCUACAUCCUGCCGGGGUACGCCUCCAUCCACGGGCAGCAGCCGCUGCGCAUGCGCUGUGGCGACUGCGCCCUCAUCACGAGCUCGGGCCACCUCCUGGGGGCGGGCCUGGGCCCUGCGGUGGACAGCACCGAGUGCGUCAUCCGCAUGAACGACGCCCCCACGCGCGGCUACGAGGGCGACGUCGGCUCGCGCACCACCCUGCGCGUGGUGGCUCACUCCAGCGUGGCUCACCUCGUCAAGCACCACGGCCACUUGCUCUGGCCCGGCAACGCGACGCACCCCGGCGCCGUGGUGGUUUUCUGGGGCCCCUCGGACCGCAUGCGACCAGGCGGCAAGGGCCCCACGUUCGGCCUCCUGCGGCGGCUCGCCAGGGCCGUGCCUCGCCUGCGGGCCCACAUCGUGACGCCCCGCAAGAUGCGCACCUUCGACGAGCUCUUCAGGCACGAGACGGGCAAGGACAGGAAGUCAUCGCAGUCCUGGCUGAGCACUGGCUGGUUCACGAUGGGCAUCUCUCUGGACGUGUGCGACCGCCUGCACGUGUAUGGGAUGGUGCCCCCCAGCUACUGCAAGUCUCCCGCGCACCGGCGCGUGCCGUACCACUACUACGAGCCGGCAGGUGCCGACGAGUGCUCCAUGUACAUCUGGCAUGAGCGCGGGCGCCGUGGGAGCCACCACCGCUUCCUCACCGAGAAGCGGGUGUUCGGACGCUGGGCCAGGGCCUACAACAUCACCUUCUCGCACCCGGCCUGGCACGAGUGACGUGGGGGCACCCACCCAGGACUCAUCUGGACCCACUUUGACCCACCUAGACCGACUUAGUCCCACCAGUACCCGCCUAGACCCACCAGGACCCAGCAGGACCCACCCAGACCCACCAAACCCAUCACGACCCAGCUAAGCUCACCAGAACCUACCAGAACCCACCUAGACACACCGGGACCCAACUAGACCCAUCAAAAGCCAUCAAGACCCACGCAAACUCACUAGAACCUACCAGAAUCCACCAGAAACCCCACCAGAACCCACCUAGACCCACCCAGACCCACCCACACCCACAUGGACCCACCUAGCCCCACCAAAACCUACCAAAACCCACCAACACCCACCAGAACCCACCAGGACGUUCCAGGACCCACCGGGACCUACCAGAAACCCCCAGAACCCACCAGGACCUACCAGCACCCACAAGAACCCACCGGGACCCACCAAGACCAACCAACGCGAACCAUUGUGUCACCGCCCUCUCACACACGCGGUGAGUGUGCCAAAAAACAGUCAGUCCCAACGAUAUUUUUGAAGCGCCAGUGAAAGAUGGAGACCCAUAGGCUCACACAGACUGAGUUGUGAUUAAGCCGGGUUCUGAAGGGAAGUAAGUGAGUUUGAUGGUCUCAGACCGACUAUAUUUUUGAAACGCCAGUGAAAGAUAAGGCCUCACAUGGAGACCCAUAGGCUCACACAGACUGCGUUGUGAGUGAGUUGAUGGUCUCAGACCGGCCACAAAUGACUGCACAAAAAAGGCAUCAAAUGAAAUUUGGUUUUGUGCUUUAUUUUGCCAAAUUACAGCUCAGAGAACUAAACAAAUAUCGUUUUGACCGCCAGGUGAUUGACAUUUCAGGAGGUUGUGGGUUCGAUCCCGACCCUGACGAUGCUUGCUGUAUAUUUGGAGUUUGCACGUCUCUCUCCCCGUUGUGGCCGCGUGGAUUUUUCUCUUCAUAAACGCAUAGAGUUAACUUGCGUUGAUAAAGUAUUUGGCUCCUGCUAUGAAUGUCCACGUGAUGAUAAGCCACUUCGUUGAGCUUGUGGCCGGGUCGCUGCUUGACAGCUCCAUGGGGCCUUACCUGGUAAAACAAAAACAAACUAAACUUUUAGUUUAGAUUACACUGGUCAACACACCUUUUCUGGCAUAAGGUAUUCCAACGGUUUUAAGGUAAUUUUGGGGUGCUGAUUCCAAAUCUGGCAUCAGUUUUUGUCUAUCACAUCAGGUUUUUGAGAUAUCAAAUAUUGCAUUUUCAAUAACAACUGCAGAAUAGAAAUAUUAAAUAAAUGUGGAUAUCUACAUAAAAUGAUAUUAUAAACACACUAUCCUAAAAAUACAGCACCAUAUUUUAACACUAAACCAGUCACUGAUUCGCAAGAACUUGCAAUUAUAAGUGACAGAGUUAAUUUCGGGUAAAAUCAAUGAAAAUGGGGUAUGCCGAUAGCAUAAAAAUGAGAUGUGAUAGAGCAAAUCUGAGAUCAGAUUUGGAAUCGGCACCCUGAAAAUAGUCUAAAACAGCUGCAAAAGUCCAGGCCAGAAAAAAAAGUUUUUUUUUGUUGACCAGUGUUAUGCACCGCACCAGGUAACACCUUUUUUUAAAAGACUCAGUCGACCUAGAGGAGGCCCAGGCCCGGUCCAGGUAUUCGUCAUCGAUGUUGGCCGUGAGCGGCAAUGGAACUUGGGUGGUCCUCCCGCUCGGCUCGUAGCGCAGUGCAGCCGCAAGUUAAGAAUCGACGUGCAUUCAGAAUAUUUGGCCCCAUACUCUUUGGC